GUCUCCUUGCUUUCCACUGCUAAUCGCAUUCUCGAGAGCACAUAGCCCAAGACCCGAGGUGCCACGCCUGCAGCAAAUAGAGGAGGUACGGUACAGUCAAGCCAUGGCCGCCGUCCUGGAUGCCAUGGUACCUUAUGUGAAGAAUCUGAUUGCGGGCAUGGUAGAAGAAGAGGUGAACAUGUUGUUGGGCGUAUCCGGCGAGAUCACUAAGCUAGAGGACAACACGGAUAGCAUCAAAGCCUUCCUGGUGGAUGCUGAGAGGAGGCGCAUCACCGAGCAGAGCGUCCAAAGAUGGGUGAACAAGCUCAAGGAUGCCGUGUACGAUGCCACCGACAUCCUAGACCUGUGCCAACUCAAGGCUGACAAGAGGAGGGAGUCUGAAGAUGGCUGCAUGGAUGAGAAGGCUCCUAGUUGCUGCCAGUCAUUGCUCUUCUGCCUGCGGAAUCCUGUGUUCGCGCACAAGAUUGGCAGCCGCAUCAAAGAGCUGAACCAGCGGCUGGAAGACAUCCGCAAGGGGGCUAAUCAGUUCAACUUUAGUAUCAACUUCGGUUCUUAUCAAGACAGGCAGAUGACCAGCCAAACUGAACACUCCAGCCGCAAGGCAAUGUCAGAGCUUGACGAGUCAGCCAUUGUUGGGAAGAAUGUCGAGAAUGACAUGAAGUUGCUUAUCCAAGAGCUAAUGAUGGAUGACAACAACAACAACAUCAAGGUCGUUUCCAUAUCUGGCAUGGGUGGCAUCGGAAAGACCACCCUUGCCCAGAAGAUCUUCAAAGAGACAACCAUCCAAGAGCACUUCAAAACUAAGAUAUGGCUGAGCAUCGGCAAGCACUUUGAUGAUGCGGAGCUACUGAGGUCCGCAAUCAAACAUGCUGGCAGAGAUCAUGGUGAGGAGCGAGACAUGUCCCUCCUUGCACGGACCCUCACUGACGCCUUGUCGGCGAGCAAGUUCCUGGUGGUGAUGGAUGACAUUUGGAGUGACAAGGCAUGGAGUAAUGUACUUUGUGUUCCAAUCAGAAACGCCAGCGGGAAUAAACCGGGGAGCAGGGUCCUUGUCACUACAAGAUUAAAAGACUUAGCUUCAAAGAUGGGAGAAUCCUUCCACCAACACCAUGUCAGCCCAUUAGACAAGGAGGAUGCCUGGUCCCUGCUCAAGAAACAAUUGACACCUAAUCAGGUAGUUGGAAUUGAGCAGCUGAAAAAUAUCGGGAUGGAUAUUCUUGAAAAGUGUGAUGGCUUACCCCUUGCAAUUAAAGUGAUCGGAGGCCUGUUAAGCACGAGGUACCCAAGCGAGCUUGAGUGGAAGGCUGUUUUGGAGAGUCCUGCAUGGUCAGUUGGCGGACUGCCUGAGCAACUGGACAACCGGCUCUAUUUGAGCUACGAGGAUUUAUCUCCUCAGCUGAAGCAGUGCUUUCUAUACUGCUCACUCUUCCCUAAAGGUAUAGAAAUUAUACAGAAUGUAGUUACUAGAAUGUGGAUCAGUGAAGGAUUUAUUCAAGCUAUGGGUGCGAGUAGCAGUUUUCACGAGGGGUAUGGUGGGUUAGAAGACAUAGCAAAUCAGUACUACCGAGAGCUAAUCAAUAGGAAUCUUAUAGAACCUACAGCAGAACAUUCUAUCACACGAUACAGGUGCACCAUGCAUGACGUGGUCCGCUCCUUUGCUGAACACAUGACAAGAGACGAAUCUCUGGUGGUGGUUGAUGACAAGCAAGCUUCUACUACUCUUCGUGGUGGUAGCAGCAGCAUGCUUGUCCGCCGCCUCUCACUAGGACGAAUCUCAGCAGACUGGGCUGUUUUGCAAAGGCAAAAGUCACUUAGGACAUUGAUUAUAUAUUGUAGAGUAAACUUGAAGUCUGGUGAUUCGCUGGGAAGUUUCUCUAGUCUGCGGGUACUGUACAUCUGGUCUGCAAAUAGUUUGGAUAGGUUGGUUGACUCUCUGUCGAAGCUGAAGCACCUAAGGUACCUUCACUUAGAGAAUACGGAUGUGUCUAGACUACCAGAGGACAUCCACAAGAUGAAGUUUCUACUGCACAUUGACCUUCUCAAUUGUAAGAAGUUGGGCCAUCUACCUAGCAGCAUCACAAAACUUGUCCAUUUAACAAGUCUAGUGCUAAAUGGCACGACCAUCAGUGCCGUGCCCAAGGGGUUUGGUGGCUUAUCAAAUCUGAGGUCACUUGUUGGGUUCCCGGUACACGUCGACGACAUGGAUGCUGGCAGCAGCAGCAGCAAUAGCUGGUGCAGUUUGCAAGAGCUAGCACCUCUUUCUCAGCUUAGGGAUCUCACACUAGAUGGCCUUGAGAAGGUGCCUGCCUGCUGGAUGGCUGAGAAGGCCAUGAUUAGCAGCAAGGCCCACCUCAACUAUCUAGAGCUGAACUAUAAUAGUCAUAGUGCAAGCAAGCAUAUGACGGCAGAGCCACGUGGUGAUCAGGAAGAGGACAACGAGAAGCAGCAGCAGCAGCAGGAGGAGGUCUUGGAAAAGCUCUGCCCUCCGACCUGCAUUGAGAAUCUACGUGUGAUAGGGGGGUACGUUGGAUGCCAUCUGCCCAACUGGAUGUGCGCACCAGCAUCGGCGGAGUUUAAAAGCCUGAGGUAUUCGGAGCUGGAGGACCUGCCUUGCUGCACACAUCUCCCAGACGGAUUGCGUUGCCUCCCAAGUUUGGAAUUGCUUGACGUCACAAAUGCACCACGAUGGUUGUGAGGAGGAGCAGGGGGAUGCGAAAGCCGUCAUAGCCAUGCCUUAUCUGGAGAGACUCUACAUAGAAAACUGCAAGCUGAGGUGUCUUCCACCGGGGCUCGCCAACAACAAGAGGCAUGCUCUGAGGGAACUGUACCUGUACGGAAUCACCAACCUGGCAUCCGUGGAGAACUUUACUUCUGUUGUGAAACUCGACGUGUUCGACUGCCCCAAGCUCAAGAGGAUCAACGACCUCUUCAUGUUGCACAAGAUCAGGGUCGUCCGCUGCCCGAACGUGGAGGUGCUGGAAGGUGUACCAGCACUCGAUAGCCUUGUGCUGCAGGAUGCCACCAUGGAAGCUCUUCCAGGAUACCUGCCAGGUGUGAACCCAAGAUACCUCAAGCUCCGUUGCAGCAAGAAGCUGUGGGAAUCCUUGUCAUCGCCAGGUACCUCUGCCGAGUGGAACAAGAUCAGCCAUAUCAGGAAAGGCGAUAUCCACUACAUCCAAGGUUGAGAUGCAUUCCUUCAGGGAGGAAAGCUGUGGCCCCACCGGACAUCAUAUUCUGUGGUGCUGAAACAGAGUCGUGCUGAUGUGGUCUGCGCUCAGGCAUAUGCACGGUUGGAUCAAAAAAUUUCCAUGCAUUCCUUCAGCGAGGAGGAAAACUUCCGGAACCACACCAAGACACACACCCGGGCAUUGUAUUGUUCAGUGAAACAGAGUCCUGCUUCAGAUAGUCUUUUACUAAUUUUUAUAUUUUCCGGAUAUUGUUAUUAUAAUUCUUUUUCCAAAUGGUUCAAACCGCCAUGUUUUCUACAUCAGUCAUAUUUUGUGAAACACCUUUUGGAACAUGAAUUUAGGAGAAAAAUACAAUAUCUUAUUAUGAACAUACAUCUUUAUAUUA